GUCACAUGCCUCUCGGUUUUCAUCAAAAAUAUCAUAAAUUGUGAACGAACAACAAUUAUUGACGAGCAUUUCAUCCUACGUUAUUUCUGAACGACAUAAUAAAAUACAAGGUGAACCUAUACGGCACUUUUCCCCUCUCAAAAGUCGAAAUCACUCUAGCAGUUGAUUUGUGUAUGUUGUCUACCACUUCUUACGUGUCUGAUUGACCUGGAGAUAAGUGAACGUUUUGUCUUGCUUGCACUUUUCUACUCCUCCCCCCACCGCAGCAGCCUAUUGAUAUAUAAGUUUAGAAGAGACACGUCUCAAACAAGCCUAGCGAGUGAACACAUCAGAGUCAAUCACAGCACAACUUCUUAUAGUUGAGGCAGGUUUAUUUAUAUGCCACAUUUAAUAAACGGUUGCCACUCAAAUAGCGCAUCAAGCACUAAUCUUGAAAUCUUUUUCUUGCAGUGACAUAAAUUGGUUCACGAUGAAGAUGGGCAUACAGAUUUGUAAAUUUUUCCUCUUCUUCUUCAACUUUCUGUUCCUUAUCGUGGGUCUUGGGCUAACCUGUCUGGGAACAUAUGUUCAGGUCAUGGCUACAUUUUCGGGAUUUUACCCAAUCGGUCAGAAAACAUCACCAUUCAGUACUGGUCUGACGAUGUUGAUCAUCGCCGGUUUUCUGACAAUGCUGCUCGCUGUUGUCAGCAAUCACGGUGCAUGCAUGCACAAAACAUCUGUUCUUAAUGUGGUAAGGAAAAUACUCAUUACAGAUGCAUCAUACUUAUUCGUAUACCACAAUGAUCUCUGAAGAUUUGCAUGUGAUGACGUUGAAACAAAGCUGUAAAGUCAGUUCAGACAGCACAGAUGCAGACUACAUGUAUUUAUAGAACUGAAGUGUAUGCUGGUCCACUCUGAAAUAUGUAAACAGCGAACUAUUGGCC